CUGACUGUCACAAGGUCUCUAAAUUGGCGUUUACACUUUGGGGGCGUUCAAUAUAUCAACAGUGUCGAAUUUCACGUACUGCAUAUAACUAAUCUGGUACUAUAAUGACCAGAAUUAGUUGAUUCGAAGUCGUUGGCUCGUUAAGAUGGGAAUAUUAAACGUGUUUGGAUUUUUUGCUAUUUUUUGCAUCAGUUCCGAUCAAUUCAACACUUUCGCUUUCAAAAUAAGAACGGAUUUGGAUGUGGUAACACGACAAUGCAAGCAUUUGGAAAAUUUAUCGCCAUUAUUACGGCUCAAAAGACAUCUUUUUUGCGAUUACGACACUACAAUACCUCCGAAUUAUCCUAAAACGACCAAUGUCACCCUGACAUUAAUGCCGAUGAUAAUGAAUUUCAAAGGAAGGAAACUGUCACUGCACAGUUUGAUGCUACUUAUUUGGACGGACCCGCAGCUCGCUUGGACACCGAGCGAUUACAACGAAAUCACACUUAUUCGCGUAAACACUUAUCAGAUUUGGACGCCCGAUUUGACUGUCAAUAAUUCGGGCGAUAUGUCGACUGCUCAACAUGAACUACCUGUGACAAACUGCUUGCUCUAUAGCUCGGGCUCAGUUACUUGCGUACCUGCGAUGAAAUUUAUUUCAAGAUGCGAUCUUGAUUGCACUUACUGGCCUUACGCUAAACAGCAAUGUUCCGUCACGUUUAUUUCAUGGAUGCACAAAGGGGAAGAAGUCGAUUUGCUGAUAGAUGGAAAAGGGAUUAAUAUGACAGACUACAUGAACGACACAGUGUGGGAUUUCAAGUUUAUCGAUUCGAUGAGAGAAGUCAAAAAAUAUAAGUGCUGUCCGAACGACACGUUCCCAUCAAUCAAGUACAACUUCUUGUUGACGCACUUUCAUGGCAAAUUUCACACAAUUGUUAUCGUACCGACCAUCGCUAUGAUGCUACUCACUUUAAUAGUGUCCUGUCUUGAUUUAAAGUCGGUUGAAAGAAUGGCGAUAGCGAGCGCGAAUUUGGUUUGUCAUUUGGUCUGUAUGUACAAUAUGUUCUGGUAUUUACCAUUCAACGGCGUUAAUACCCCCAAUAUAAUGUUGUUUUACGGCGAAUCUUUGACACUGACCACCUUCGCGAUAAUUAUCACAGCUUUCUUACGCAAACUAGAAGACAUGAGCACAGAAAUACCAAAUUGGAUUUCGUUCACCACAACAUUUGUUUUGAGUAACAAGGCUGGACGUUUUCUAAUUCUCAAAGACGAGUCUAAAACGAUUGAUGGAGAUAUUACAACUGAAGAAAACUCAGGUAUUCCCAAAUCUGAAAUAAGCAUGAAGAAAUCGUCCUGGAAAUACUUUGCUGAUAUUAUCGACUGGUUAGCUUUCAUCUGCGUGAUUCUUAGUUAUGCUAUUAUCUCACUUAUGCUAGUACCCACAGACUAAUCUACGAUAGAAAUAUUAUAAUCAUUGGACUAUUCUCCAUAAUGUUCCUCAUCUUCCGCUACGAAAUACUUUCAAAAAACCUCCACAAGAUUCAAGUAGACGGCACCAAUAAAUCAACGAUGAUAUUCGCGAUAUGUUGCGUAAUUUUUAUAAAUUUAAUGUAAUGCAAAUUAUUCCUAAUUAUUACUAUUCUGCGCAAUAAUAAAUGUGGCUCGCAAAAAUAUUAACAAAAGUUUUAUCUUCUAAGGUCUCAUGCUUACAUUUUAAGUUUCAAAAAAAUCGCGUUAUCACAUCUACGUUUACAGAAAGAUAACUGGUUUACGAUUUGAUCAAAAGACAAAGUUUCUUUGCCGAGUGACAUUUCCGUCAUUUGUCGACAUAGAGAAGCUCGAGUCUCCAGAUGCAAAGUAAGCUUUAAAUAUUCUAAUUUAUCAAACCCCCGUAAAAUCAAAAGCCCAUGAGAGAAUA